AUGCCAUCAUCUUCAGCAUCAGCUUCGGCCAAGAAGCAGCCUUCUUUGAAGGUUCUUCAAACCAAACUAAAGGGAUUGCAAACAUCGUUCAACAAUAUUGAGCACUACGUCCAAAACUUCCCAGAGUCGGUCUCCGUCCAUCAGAUUUUGGUCCGUCUUGAGAAACUGGAGGAGUUAUGGGAUAAAGUUGCAGAAACAUCUUGCGAGAUUGAGAGCCACGACGAAUUCUUGAGCAAAGGGAGCAGUUUAACUCAACAGUCGACGAAAUCUCCAUCUCAUUCAGAUUCGGCAUUACCUGCAGCAGGUGAACACGUUCGUUUGCCUCAAAUAAAGCUGCAAACCUUCAACGGGAACGUGGACGAUUGGCUGAGUUUUAGGGAUCUCUUCACUUCAUUGAUCCACUUGAAGCACGAUUUACCCGAGGUGGAAAAACUACAUUAUUUGAAAGGAUGCCUGGAAGGGGAGGCUAAAUCGCUUAUAGAUCCUCUCAAGGUUACUAAGGCUAACUAUCAGAUAGCCUGGGAUUUAUUGAACAAACGCUAUAACAACAGUAAGGUUCUUCGAAAGCGUCAGGUGCAUGCUCUCUUGAAACUACCGUCUCUAUCUAAGGAAUCAGCUACUGAGCUACAUGGGUUACUCGAGAAUUUCGAACGCAUUGUUUACACCUUAGAUCAACUUCUUCAACCCGAUGAUUAUAAGGAUCUUUUGUUGGUGGAAAUUUUCGGCUCUUGUUUAGAUCCCCACACGAGGCGUGGAUGGGAAGAAUACUCCGCAUCUCACGAGCAGGACACAGUCAAAUCUCUCACCGAAUUUGUCCAGAGAAGAAUAAGGGUAUUGGAGUCUUUGCCUGGAAGAGUGGUUCUAGACAAUAGACAAGAUUCGCAGAACACUUUUAGGAAAAGGCAACCACUAACGCGUACUAGCUACAACGUAACUCAAAACUCGUUCCCGAAAUGUCCGGCUUGCUCUGAAAAUCAUUGGCUUCAUCUUUGCUCAGCUUUCCAACGAAUGUCAGUUGCUAACAGGGAGUCUUUGGUCCGAAACAACAAUCUGUGUCGCAAUUGCUUUCGCCAAGGUCAUCGUGCGAAUGAAUGCUCUUCGAAAUAUUCGUGCAGGAAAUGUAAGGCUAGGCACCACACUAUGGUGUGUUUUAAAUCGGAAAACAUGAAUGAAAUCAACAAGGGCAAACAGCAAGUCGAACGUCAUCAAUCUGAAAACUCGUCAAGGCUCGCCGAAGUACCAGGAACUUCUUCUAGAACCACUAUUUCCAACGUUGCUGCAUCUGAACCUGCAUCUGUAGCAGUUACUUCUGGCGCGAUUGAAAAAAGGUCCACUAAGGUUUUAUUGGCAACAGCGGUGAUUAUGAUGGAGGAUAAUUUGGGAAUUCGUUAUCCAGCCCGUGCACUACUGGAUUCAGGAUCUGAAUGCAAUUUCGCAACUGAACGUUUAGCUCAACGGAUGAAUGUAGCAAGGGAGCGGCACAAUAUUUCGGUUCUUGGUAUUGGCGAUUCUUCCACCAAGGUCAAACACAAAUUUCGAGCUACAGUCCACUCGAGAGUUUCUGGCUACAAUCAAAUUUUGGAAUUUUUGGUACUCCCGAAAGUAACAGCAAAUCUCCCGUCUCAAUCCGUAAACAUAUCGAACUGGAAUAUUCCACCCGAAAUUCAGUUGGCUGACCCGACCUUCUUUAAAUCGAAUGGAAUCGACGUUGUCUUGGGAAUCCCUGCAUUCUUCAGCUUUUUUGCGUCUGGGAACAAAAUGCCCAUAGGAGAUGGGCUACCGAUGUUGACUGAAUCUGUGUUCGGAUGGGUGGUGUCAGGCGAAGUGGAAUCUACUGGGAGUUUGAGUUACUUAGGAUGCAACUUGGCAAUAUCAAAGAAUCUGGAUGAACUUUUAGAGCGGUUUUGGUCCUGCGAGGAAGUAAGAGCCUCUCACAACUAUUCUCCGGAGGAAGCGCUUUGUGAGGCACAUUUUGAGCGCACCGUCCGUCGUGGUUCAGACGGACGCUACACGGUAACACUUCCCAAGAACGAGCACACUUUCUCCCAACUUGGGGAUUCAAGGGAGAUCGCACUGAAAAGGUUUCAAAGUCUCGAGAGACGAUUAUUGAGGGAUAGAGAUACUCGACAACAAUAUACCGACUUCAUGCACGAAUACGAAAAUUGCGGACACAUGCGGAAGGUUGAGGCAGGUGGUUUGGAUCACAAUCGGUGCUAUCUACCACAUCAUCCUGUGGUGAAAGAGGCCAGCACAUCGACGAAGCUGAGGGUCGUUUUCGACGCUUCAUGUGCGACAACAUCGGGACAGUCUCUAAAUGACGCUCUACUGGUAGGGCCCGUUAUUCAGCAGGAUUUAAGGGCAAUUAUUGAAAUCUUCGAGCUAGGUACUGUAACGUACGGAACGAAACCGGCACCAUUCCUUGCCACGCGGGUGCUGAAACAACUUUGUUGUGACGAGGGUCGCAAUUUUCCAUUGGCAGCAGAGGCAAUCGAGAAUGACACAUACAUGGAUGAUGUCAUUUCCGGGGCUGAGGAUAUCCAAACGGCUAAGGCGAAGGUUAAUCAACUUAUUUCUAUGACGGCUAGAGGAGGUUUCAGACUGCGAAAAUUUGCUUCAAAUCAACCACAAAUUUUGGAAGGGUUACCGGAGGAAGAUUUGGCGGUUUCUGAAAUCACUUGGGAUCAAGAUCCGGCAAUCAAGGCACUCGGGCUCACAUGGCUGCCUAAUUCAGACUGUUUUAGGUUUCAAUUCGACAUUCCAAUGCUCCCCAAAGAUGGACUCACGAAACGGAAGGUUCUCUCGAUCAUCGCUACUCUUUUUGACCCCCUCGGACUUUUGGGUGCCACGAUUACCACGGCAAAAAUAUUCAUGCAGCGCUUGUGGACGCUGCGCGACACGGAAGGGGAACGGUUGGAUUGGGAUGUCUUACUUCCCCCCAGAGUGAUUGAAGAAUGGGCUCAAUAUCAUCGACAUCUGCCUGCAUUAAAUGAGAUACGAGUUCCACGAUGCGUUGUCACUCCGAAAGCUGCCCGAACGGAGCUCCAUUGCUUCUCCGAUGCCUCCGAGAAGGCCUAUGGCGGCUGUUUAUACUUACGGAAUACGGAUAGGGAUGGAAAGGUAACGGUCAAUCUUCUAUCAUCAAAAUCGAAAGUGGCGCCUUUGAAGACCCAAUCUUUACCUCGACUGGAAUUGUGUGGAGCAUUAAUUACAGCAGAGUUAGCAAAAAAGGUCCUCGAAGCAAUCGGAAAGGUCGAUAACGUUCACUUCUGGUCAGAUUCUACGUGUACUCUUCGAUGGCUCGAAUCUCCUCCUGCUACCUGGACAACAUUUGUAGCUAAUUGCGUGGCAAAAAUUCAGGGAAUUUCGGAUGGCUACAUUUGGAAGCAUGUUCCAGGAAAACAAAACCCUGCUGACUUAAUUUCCCGGGGAAUCAAUCCUGACAAUCUACUUUCAAAUAAAUUAUGGUGGGAAGGCCCAGAGUGGCUUAAAUUAACCCCAGAGCAUUGGCCAAAACUAGAAUCCACUAAACUUCCUGAGAAGCCUGGGGAAUUACGGAACGUUCAUGUUUCUACGGAAAAUCAUUCAUUUAUCAACGACUUUAUUUCAAAAUAUUCGACCCAUUCGAAACUUAUUCGUGCAACAGCCUACUGGCUACGACUAAUUGAAUCAUGUUGUCAACCGAAGGAGAACAUGCAACGGGGAUUUCUUUCAGUUCAAGAGCUACAGGAUGCAGAGAUGAGUAUUAUUAAAAAGAUCCAGAACGAAUCAUUCCACGAAGAGCUGAAGCAGUUACGACUAUUGAAACCGGUCCCUCGAAGCUCUCCAUUGCGGUGGUUUAAUCUCAAGGUCACUCCCGACGGAAUUCUUCGAAUUGGCGGCAGGUUAUCACACUCGGACGAGUCCUUUGACGCGAUGCAUCCUAUGGUUCUCCCGGCUAAACACCCCUUCACGGAAAUGUUGUUUGCACAUCAUCACGAAGCCUUAUUGCAUGCAGGCCCACAACUUCUACUGAGCACUAUUCGCCAAAGGUAUUGGCCACUUGGUGGAAGGCAUGUUGUCAGGAAGGUAGUCCACAAAUGUCAGCGAUGUUUCCGAGCUAGGCCUCAAAUUCUCCAGCAGCUGAUGGGAAAUCUCCCGAGAUCCAGAGUUAUCGUUUCAAGACCUUUCACAAAAUGCGGCGUGGAUUAUUUUGGUCCGGUUUUCCUAAAGGCUGGACGUCGAAAUGCAGCUAUCAAAACUUACGUCGCAGUUUUUGGGUGUAUGACCACAAAGGCGGUCCAUCUCGAACUGGUCGGUGAUCUCUCAACUGAGAGGUUUCUACAAGCGUUGCGGCGAAUGAUAGGCAGGCGAGGCAAGGUUUCGGAUAUGUACUCCGACAAUGGUACGAAUUUUGUUGGGGCGAGAAACCAGUUACGAGAACUAUUUGCCCAGCUGAAAAAUAAGCAACACAACGAGACGGUUUCGAAGCUGCAGAGUAGAACGAAGAAUUGGAGUUCACCAGAAAAAAUAAUCGUUGGAAAAUUGGUCAUAGUGGUUGACGAAAAUCAGCCACCGAUGCGGUGGAAAAUGGCUAGGAUAGAGGAGUUACACCCAGGAGAUGAUGGCGUGGUGCGAGUUGUAACCGUCAAAACAGCAAAUGGAUCCUUGAAGCGACCGGUUGCAAAAUUGUGCCUAUUGCCAUCACCAGAAGAAGCAGAUGCGGAAUUAGUCGAGAAUCAAGAGUUUCGCCAAUAA